UAAUCAAAUCGAAAUGUCGCGAGCAAUCACACCAGCAGUUCCGAGGAGAAGUUUUCGAAAAGAAGCGAUUGUGACAGUUGCUGCUGUUGGAAUUGCGAUUGUUGUUUGGAAUUUCAGAGAUAAAAUUUCUGAUUUUUGGAAUUAUUUGGCUUUUUCGCGUCCCACAAACUCGGCUCCAACUUCGGAACGCGAGAAAAUCGAUCCAUCCAAGACUGCUCCUGAAUCAUGGGAUGCUCAAAAGUCUGCUGACAUUGCUCCCGAGUCUGUAAAGGUUCCAGCGUCAGAUGAGAAGCAUGAACAGCCAACUGAGCAACAACCAAAGGAGAUUGUCGGAAACCUUGCACCGGAAUCCACCGAAAAGAAUGCACCCAGCUCAUCCGUCUAUGUUGGUCUUCCGAAAGCGGAUCCAGCUACCGUAUCCGCAUCGAUUCCACCAUCCCAAUGGCCUGGAGCAACAAUGCCUCAAUGAAUGAACCUUCUUUUCUUUUUGCAACAAUAAAUACAUUUUUAGUC